AUGAGCAUGGAGACAAUGGAGAGGAGGAAGAAGGGUGCCCCUAGCAAUUCCACAUGGGAGGUCUCAUCGAAGGAAAAGGGAGGUAAAUCACGGCUUAGAAACAAUGGAGUAGUGGGGAUUGCUGGUGGCUGCCAUUCUGGCAUGGGCGACGUCAGAGGCUUGUGUGGCGCUAGCCUUGCGAUGGGUGAGAUGUUGAAGGAGAGAGGCAACGCCUUGAGGGGCACAAACGACACCCUGGGCUGCGGUAGUAGAGACGACGGCAGAGAUGUAGGAGACGCUGGGCUAGGCAGCGCCAUCGUGCUAGGCGACGCUAGCCAGGGUGCGGAUGAGCUUCGGUGCAACAAGAGGGAUGAUGUCCAAUCCAGGCUUAGCGACCUCGGGGGGCACGUGGGCGCAAGGAGAGGCGACACCCUAGGCAUGUUUGACAAGAUCAAAAUCGAGGAGAGAGCAGGUGUUCUUCUGAACUUUGUGGCAUACAUUCUGAACUUUUCUUUACAGUUUUCAUGA